GCAUCAUAAGCCCGCCACAGUCGCCACAGCGGUCAGUGUUGUCAGCGCACCCGUUGAGUAAGCAUAUCGCACGUCUUCCAUUCCCUACUCAGUUAUCCGCGAGUUCACUACAUCUAAAGAACUUCAACCAUGGCUUCCUGGGGAUACGCAAAAGCUAAUGGACCAGAUACCUGGGGCAAGGCUUUCCCUAUUGCCGUUGAGGGCAAGAACCAGUCGCCCAUUGACAUCCAGCGCUCCAACUGCAAGCCUGACGACUCGCUCAAGCCCGUCACUGUCGAUUACAGCGCUGUCGAAAUCGGGGAAAUUACCAACACUGGCAGCUCUUGGAAGGCGCAAGUUACUGGCGGCAAACCUGGCAGUCUGACGGGCGGGCCGCUGUCAUCCAAGUUCGCGCUGGAGCAGUUCCACGCGCACUGGAGCACCACUGAGAAGGUCGGCAGCGAGCACACCAUCGACGGCGCCGCUACCGCUGCUGAAGUGAGUCUACUUAAUUAA